AGCAAGCUCACGACGGUAUGAGUGGGUAAGGUAUAAUUGAAAGGGGGCAAAAACACUUCGCGCAUAAAAAGCUCUUCCCGGAUCGAUUAGACAGAGGGGAGAGCUAGACCGAGGGGAGAGCGACCCGGAGAAAUUGAGAGGGCGAAACCCUUGAAUGAUUGCCCUCUCCGUCUCCGAUCCGAAUCUCCACCGCCAAGACCUCCGCAACGUUGUUAUCAGCAUCAUCACCAACAUCAAAACCUGAUUUUGUCGAUUCUUUUUUUGGGUAUAAUCACAUGAUAUCGCAUUCUCUUUCUCCAUCACAAAUCUCGGUCUUUGAUGCGACGGUUGAAUGCCCGUGCAAGGGUCCAUUCCAAACGUAAGGCCGACGUAGUUAUGGAUCCGAUUAAGCUCCAAAUACGACCCGGAACUCGGUCCAAUCUCUUCUCUCGCAAUUCCAGUUCCAAGCACAGCAAAUCCAGUUUAUUCAUUUUCGCUUUGAUUUCCAUAUCUUUCGCUUUGUUACUUUGUUAUUUAUUGGUUUUCGGAAGAAGCUCGCGGAAUUCCGUGAAGAGAAAGUACGGGAUUGUCAUCGACGGAGGGAGCACCGGGACUCGGAUCCACGUGAUCGAGUACCGGGUCGAGAAUGGAAAUGCGGUGUAUGAUUUCGGGAAGGACGGAUUGGCUUCGAUGCGGGUGAACCCGGGGCUCUCGGCAUUCGCGGAGGAUUCGGAUGGGGCAGGUGGGUCGCUGAAGGAGCUCCUGGAGUUUGGGAAGGGAAGGGUCCCGAAGGAGCUUUGGGGGCAGACUGAGAUUCGGCUCAUGGCGACCGCGGGGCUCCGGUUGCUCGAAUCGGAACUGCGGGAUCGGAUUAUGGAGUCGUGCAGGCGAGUGCUCCGGUCCUCGGUGUUUAAGUUUCGGGACGAGUGGGCUUCCAUUAUUACCGGCGCUGAUGAAGGGAUUUAUGCUUGGGUUGUUGCAAACUAUGCACUUGGGACUCUUGGAGGUGAUCCUCUGCAGACAACUGGGAUUAUUGAACUUGGUGGCGCUUCUGCUCAGGUUACCUUUGUUUCAAGUGAAUCAAUGCCACCCGAGUUCUCACAUUCUGUUGGAUUUGGGAAUAUCACAUAUAAUCUCUACAGCCACAGUUUUCUUCAUUUUGGCCAGAAUGUUGCCUUUGACUCAUUGAGGGAAGCACUUCUUUUAGGAGACUUGAACUUAGUUACUGAGUCUCUUGAAAAGGGAAUCUUGAUUGAUCCUUGUACCCCUAAAGGGUACUCACAUAAUGUGGAGUCGUGGAAGCUUUCUCCAGGUUCAUUGGACACGAAGAAUAGAUAUUUAGCUACUCUUCAAUCUAAAGGGAACUUUUCAGAAUGCAGAAAUGCUGCAUUAAUGUUGUUACAAAAAGGAAAAGAGAAAUGCUCCUAUCAGAGUUGCCACAUAGGAUCAACUUUCAUACCUAAACUUCGGGGAAAGUUUUUGGCAACAGAAAAUUUCUUCUAUACUUCAAAGUUCUUUGACUUGGCUCCAAGAUCAUUUCUUUCUGAGCUGAUGAUGGCUGGACAACAAUUCUGUGGAGAAGAUUGGUUGGAGUUGAAGAAGAAAUACCGUUCACUUAAGGAGGAAGAUUUACUGCGGUAUUGCUUCUCUUCAGCAUAUAUUGUGGCCCUACUUCAUGACAGUCUUGGGGUUUCUUUCGAUGAUGAAAGGAUUGGGGUUUCAAAUCAGGUGGGAAAUAUUCCGCUUGACUGGGCUUUAGGAGCCUUCAUUCUGCAGAGCACAGCUAAAUUUGAUUUGGAGCAUGCUCACUGGAUCGCUAACAUUAUAAGCAAUGACCCACCCACACUGCUCUCGAUAAUUGCUAUCUUUCUAGUUUUGAUGUUCGCGGCAUGGUCUGUAUCAAAGUGGAGAAAGCCCCAAUUGAAGACAAUUUAUGAUCUGGAGAAAGGACGGUAUAUAGUCACCCGUGUCAACAGAUAUUGAUCACUUAUACACAGGGAAGCUCAACCUAAUCGCUAGUUUCACCGAUCAGGAAGAAGAAGCUGCGUAAUCACAAUGUAAGUUAUUUUAUGCUUCCUCGGUUUAUGCUGAAAGUUACCCUCUCAAGGCUUCCAUGUGGAUGGAACGUGUAUAUGUGGAAAUUGGUAAAAAUAUCACAUUCCCAUUUUGUAAUUAUCGGGAAUGAAAACAUCAAAAAAGAAAAAAUCUCUCAUACGUCAGCCAUCAUUUAGUCUAUUAGGUUAGGUUAAAAUGUGGGGUUGGUUGGUUGUGGGGAGCUAUAAUCUUUGUGGGGGAGUAGAGAUGCUGUUCCUUUAAUGCCCUAUGAAAUUAUGUUCUACGCAGAAAUAUUUUACUCAAUGUUAUAUUUGAUUGUAAGGUUAA